AUGAUAAUUGAGAGAGAUAAUGAGGACAAUGAAAGAUUUAAAAAUGCCAUAAACUUUCAAAAAAACAUUUUUAAAUUUGAAAAAGAAUUAAUUAAAGGUAAAGAAUUAUAUAAACUAAAACAAGAAAUAAUAAAUUAUAAGCAUAUAAUUGAAACACUUGAAAAUGAAAAUAAUUAUUUGAAAAAUAAAGUUCGUUAUUAUGAAAAUAAAUUUAAGAAGUUAAAAAAUGAAAUUCAAAUUAAAGAUGAAAGCAUAAACUAUUUAAUAUCUGAAAAUGAUGUAAUAAAUAAAUUAAACAAAGAAAUAUCUCAAUAUAUAUACCAGAAAAUAACUUAA